AUGCCCCUCAAGGCAGGGUGGCGCCACACAGUGGCAGUGGCAGGCACGUGGCUGUGCUCAGCAGUGCCGCAUGUGCAUGCCACCUGGUCCGACAGGUACGAGUGGGAGGGCGAGGGCAGCGAGGAGGCGGGGGCAGCAGGCAGUGUGCAGAUGCGAGUGACGGCAACGAGUGUGGUGAACGUGAACGUGACGGCCACCAGUGUGGACGCCCUCACAGCCGCCACCCACGGGUGGAGCAAGCUCGUGCAGCACGAGGCUGAUGCCAGGCGUGCACUGCUGCAGGUUAGACACGCCUGUGGCUGGAGCUUCACCAGCAGCAGCAGCAGCGGCAGCAGAAGGGGAAGGAGGGGGAAGGAAGGAGGGGAGGAGGGGGGAGUGGCAAUGGACAGGGAGGACGCCCUGCGAGUGCUCGUGGACAACCGCCUGGGCGCCCCUCUCUACGCGCGCUCCGCCAAAGACGCCUUUGCCCACCUCUACACACUGCCGCCCGCCCACACGUCGUCCGUGCCGCUGCCGCCCUUCCAGUUCCCCGACAUGCUGCGCCCCUCCGCCACUGCCGGUGUGGGCGGCAAGCGCCGGCGCAGCACACGGCGCUUCAUGGCUCUGCGCCUCAUUGAGGGGCUGGACCUACCCGGCAGCGAGUUGAACGGGGAGGACUUCAUCUGCAAGCUGCGAGUGGCAGAGGCGGGCGCACAGCCGCUGGCCAAGGGGCAGCAGCUGCUGCAGACGGCUCGGUCGCGCGCCAUCCGCCCCGCAGGGGGGCUGGCAUGCCCGCAUGCGCGCGAGGGCAUGGGGUGCGCCAUGCCGCGCGGAGGGGCGCAGGGUGGAUUGGGAGAAGGGGGAGAGGGCGGGAGAGCAAAAGUGUGGCGAGUGCAGUGGAACGAGGUGUUUGUGUUUGAAGUGCCGGCCCAGAAGGAGUCACGGCUGGAGGUGGUGGUGAGCAACCAGGCAGCCAACGCGGGGCGAGGGGCCACCGUGGGCACAGCGGCUGUGCCCAUGACUGCUGCCGCCGCGCCCACCCUCUCCGAGCGCUUCGACACCAUUCCCGCCACUGUUCACGACGCGACCCAACCUCACGGCUCGGUUGCCGUCUCGUCGACCUUCAAAGCCGCUGCCGCGGGCAUUGCGGCAGAGACGCGGCUAGCGGCACCCGUAGCGUCCAGUGCGCGCACGGUCGGCCUGCCCAAGUCCUCCUUCUCUGGCAACUCGCUCAAGGCCACCAGAUCCUCCCCUCAACAUGCCGCCAGGUCCUCGCGCCGCUCGCGCGCGACACCCCGCGCACAGGGGAACAUCGAGGGCAAGCCGACGGUGCUGGUGGCGGAGAAGCUGGGCAGCGCGGGGAUCGACCUGCUGAAGAAGAUCGCCAACGUGGACUGCUCCUACAACCUCACGCCCGAGGAGCUGUGCGCCAAGAUCUCGCUGUGCGAUGCGCUCAUCGUGCGCAGCGGCACCAAGGUGACCCGCGAGGUGUUCGAGGCGUCGAACGGGCGGCUCAAGGUGGUGGGGCGCGCGGGCGUGGGCAUCGACAACGUGGACCUGCACGCCGCCACGGAGGCGGGCUGCCUCGUCGUCAACGCGCCCACCGCCAACACCGUCGCUGCGGCGGAGCACGGCAUCGCGCUGCUCACCGCCAUGUCGCGCAACAUCUCGCAGGCCGACGCGUCCAUGAAGCGAGGCGAGUGGAAGCGCAGCAAGUACAUCGGCACGUCGCUGGUGGACAAGACGCUCGCCGUGCUGGGCUUCGGCAAGGUGGGUUCGGAGGUGGCGCGCCGGGCCAAGGGGCUGGGCAUGCACGUGAUCGCGCACGACCCGUACGCGCCGGCGGACAGGGCGCUGGCCAUGGGCGUGGACCUGGUGUCGCUGGACGACGCGCUGCAGCGCGCCGACUUCAUCUCGCUGCACAUGCCGCUCACGCCCGCCACCGACAAGCUGCUCAACGACGACGCCUUCGCCAAGGCCAAGCGCGGCGUGCGCAUCGUCAACGUCGCGCGCGGCGGGGUCAUCGAUGAGGACGCGCUCGUGCGCGCGCUCGACAACGGCCAGGUGGCGCAGGCGGCGCUGGACGUGUUCACGGAGGAGCCCCCCGCGGCGGACAGCGCGCUCGUGCUGCACCCCAACGUCAUCGUCACGCCGCACCUGGGCGCCAGCACCACCGAGGCGCAGGAGGGCGUGGCGGUGGAGAUCGCGGAGGCCGUGGUGGGCGCGCUGAUGGGCGAGCUGGCGUCCACCGCCGUCAACGCGCCCAUGGUGCCCGCCGAGCUUGUUCAGUACCACCACGCCCUCCAACAACUCGCUCAACUCCCCUCUCAACCCACACCCCCCCUCCGCCAUUCCUCCCCCACCUCUUGGCUGCCCUGCCUGCCGGGGGAGCAGGUGCUGGUGGAGCUGGCGCCGUACGUGGAGCUGGCGGAGAAGUUGGGGCGGCUGGCGGUGCAGCUGGUGAGUGGCGGUGCGGGUGUGAAGGACGUGAAGGUGACGUACCGCACGGGGCGCAGCAGCGAGGACCUGGACACGCGGCUGCUGCGCGCCAUGAUCGCCAAGGGGCUCAUCGAGCCCAUCUCCAACGCCUUCAUCAACCUCGUGAACGCCGACUAUGUGGCCAAGCAGCGCGGCAUCCGCAUCCGCGAGGAGCGCCAGCCCGUGGACGUGGACGAGUCGGUGCCCCUCGACACCAUCGUGCUCGAGAUCACCCACGUGCAGUCCAAGCUGGCGUCCGCCGUGAGCGAGGAGGGCACCAUCACACUGGGCGGCAAGGUGAAGGACGGCGUGCCGCACCUGAUCCAGGUGGGGCGGUUCAGCACGGACAUCGAGCUGGAGGGCAGCCUGCUGCUGUGCCGCCAGGUGGACCAGCCGGGCAUGAUCGGCACCGUGGGCAUGCUGCUGGGCUCGCACGACGUCAACAUCUCCUUCAUGAGCGUCGGUCGCACGGGCCCCAGGAAGCAAGCGCUCAUGGCCAUCGGUGUGGACGAGGAGCCCAGCCGGGAGGUGCUCAGAGACAUCAACUCCAUCCCCGCCCUCGAGGAAAUGGUCUUCCUCAAGCUCUGA